UGUAUUAUGUUAAUUAACAGAUUCAUUACAAUACGUUUUAUUUUACCUUAUCAGUUAUCACUUAUUAGCUGUUGAAUGUUUGAAGUGUUUAACGACUUUAUUAUUACCUAUUAUUUUACUACUUUGUUAUUUAUGCUAAGCAAUUAAUUGUUGUUUUUUUAAAAUUGUUUUCAUAAGGCCCCAAAGUCGUACAGGUACCAAAGAAAUAAUUUUUUUUUUUAAUUAUGGAUUUAAUGAUACCAAAUAACAAAAUGUACCUCUUGGAUGGCAGCUUUAUUAGUGGUGUAACACCUUAUGUGGAUAUUGACAGUGUUAUAAAACAUCCACUUUGGGGAUCACAUUUGAUUUUAAACAAUGAAGAUGCUGUUAUCCGUGGUCAUAAAGAUUACAUCAGAGCUGGAGCCGAUUUUUUGACCACCAACACAUACCAAGCAAGCAUUGGAGGCUUUCAAAAAUAUUUGGACCUAAAUUAUGAUCAGAGUUUUGAAUUGAUUAAGAAAUCUGUUAUGAUUUGUCGGCGAGCAAUAACAGAGGCAAAUGUAGAACGCAAUAUACAAAUAAUGGGAUCUAUUGGUUCAUAUGGUGCAUCAUUACGUGAUUGUUCAGAAUAUAAUGGUAAUUACAUAGACACCAUGAAUUUAAAAGAAUUGUAUGAUUGGCACAAACCUCGAAUUCAAGCAUUGGUGGAAGCUGGAGUCGAUCUAAUGCUUUUUGAGACCAUACCUUCUGUCGUUGAGGCUACUAUUUUGCUAAGCAUACUAACUGAAUUUCCAAAUCAAAAAGCAUGUUUAUCAUUCUCAUGCAAGGACGGCAAUUAUUUGAGUCACGGUGAAACAUUUUCAAGUGCUGUUGAAAUGUUUUGGUCAAACGAUUACCGCAAACAGUUAAUUGCCAUUGGUAUGAAUUGUUUGCACCCAAAAUUUAUUACACCACUUUUGAUGUCUGUGAAGACUAAAAAUGUUAAUUUUAUUGCUUAUCCAAACGGAGGUGGAAUUUGGGAUGUCACUCAAAAUUGUUAUGACGAUACUCAAAUAUAUAAAGUUUCUAUAGAUGAUCUUAACAUAUGGAAUAAAAAAGGAUUGAAAAUAUUUGGAGGCUGUUGUAAAACUGAUGCUAUUGAAAUAGCGCGUCUGAGAAGUUUAAUAGAUGAUCUACUUUUAUAAUGCAAUUUUAGUAAUUUUAAUAUUUAUACGAUUUAUUUUUACAUGUUAUUUUUAAUUAUGCACAGAUGUACAGUAUAUUAAUAUAGUUUUUAGUUUUUAUGUAUUGAUAAACAAACCUAAAUACUCCAAUUAACAUUACACUUUGUACCCAAAUUAUCAGCCUUUUUAACAUGUUUAUUAAAUCAGUAAUAAAGUAAAUCGAUCCCAUAAUGAUCCAUAAAAUCUGUAUGGCUGUACUAACUGUUUUUUUACUCCAAACAAUAUUUUUUAUGAAUAAUGUAUAUUUUAUAUAAUAAUAUUAUGUGAAUUAAUAUUUAAAAAUCUAUUAAACAUUUGAGAUGUAAAA